ACUGUGAGUGGAAGCAUGUCGCACAUUCUAGAAGAUCAUAACUCAGUAGGUUCUAUAUUGACGUUGGUACGAUGUUUGGCAUUUUCAAUGAAGAGGGCAUUUGUGCAAAAACCUCAAUCACAUCAUCAGAUCAUUAUCCGCUCGGAUUUGAUGGAACGCGACAAGAUUCAACCAAUGAAACGACUUCAUUUGAAGACGAGUAACCCUUCAGUAGGUGAGGAUUCGGAGGUCGAUAAGGACAAAGAUAAGCUGCCUCCGAAUGAUCAAAAUGGCUGCGAUCUAGAAAACUAUAGAUGGACCCAAACCCUUGAGGAGGUGGAGCUUCGGGUACCGAUUCCUGAUGGUCUUAAAAUUAAAUCGCGCGAUGUCGUUUGCAAUAUUGAGAAAAAGCACCUUAAGGUCGGCCUUAAGGGAUCUCCGUUGACUAUCGACGGCGAGAUGUAUGCUGUGGUCAAAAAGGAAGAAUGCUUCUGGAACCUUGAAGAUGGCAAGGUUAUUGUCGUUAACCUGGAAAAGGUGAAUAAAAUGGAAUGGUGGCCCCACCUGGUACUCACUGAUCCGCUCAUCAACACGCAGAAGGUUUCUCCUGGUAAUUCAAAGCUGUCAGAUCUCGAUGGGGAAACCCGAGGAAUGGUUGAGAAAAUGAUGUACGAUCAACGGCAAAAGGCAAUGGGCCUGCCGACGUCUGAAGAACAGAAGAAGAACGAAAUGCUUCAAAAGUUUAUAGCGCAGCACCCCGAGAUGGAUUUUAGUAAAGCGAAAUUCUCUUGAAUGGGAGAAGUAUGAUGAUUUCACUGGUCACAUCCUUUUGCUGUCUUCAGUUUUCUGUAGUUUCCGAACAGAUAAUGAAGACUCUGGUGUAUUUGGAACAGCCAGGCAACUUCGAAUUCACUUAAGAAAAUGAGUGUUGCUUGACCAAGUGAAACCAUUUGCUAGUAGCAAAAAAUUAUGACCGAUAAUGAAGUGGUAUGAGCGCGUAUAAACUCUGAAUGGUAUCGAGCAUCGAUCGGCUGUAGUGUGAAGUACGACAUAACAAUGGCGUGUCCGAACAGCAACAACAAUUAAAGUAUUAGGCGUGUGCUCUACAAACAAGGAUGUCAUCAACAAUUUAAAUAAAUGAACUACUGUAUAUAUUAAUACAUA